GAAAAAGAUCCCAAACUGAAAACAAUGGCGUCCCCCAACCACCAAGGAGAGUCCCCAUCGUCAUCACCAAUCUCCGAGGACUGGCGGCGUCGAAUAUUGAUCCCUACGAUCCUUGCUGGGGUUGCCGGUGGAGGAUUUGGGCUGGUUUCAAAGCAUCGAAAACUGCAUGGUCUGGCUAAUAUUUCAGCUACUUAUGCCACUAAUUUCGCUAUUGUCACCGGCUGCUAUUGCGGAGCACGUGAAUUUGUAACAGCAACUCGUAAAACAGGACCUGAGGAUCUUCUGAAUUCUGCAAUUGCUGGAUUCGGUACUGGUGCUAUAUUGGGCCGUCUUCAAGGUGGUCAAUUUGGUGCUUAUCGCUAUUCACUCAUCUUUGCUGUUGUUGGGACAGCAGUGGAUUUUACUGCACUAAAGUUAAGAUCUAAAUUACCCCACAUCAGUGAAUCUAUGUUUGAUAAGAGUGGUUCGUUGAAAUUGCCAGAAUGGUCUCCUAUACAAGUGCUUGAUGAAGAAGCCCUUGCCGCAAAACGAGCUCGAGAAGAAAAACUGUAUGGACAAAGAAAAACUCUAAGCAAAGAAGAAUCAUGAGGGUGGACUAUAUACUUUUUAGUUCUUAAUUAUUGAUAAUAACAUUUUUCGCCAUUGCUAGUUCAGCUCUUUGACAGAUAAUAUUGUAUUUGCUGGGAUUAAGUUUUGUUUUGCUUUCAAAAUAUUCUGAUAAUAUUCUUUGUUUACAUUAGCUGUAAUUUGGGAUUCUAAACAUCCUUAGAUAAU